AUGGCUCUGGUGACACAGAUGCUGUUUCUGACCUGCCUGAUGCUUCUUCUGCUCCAGAGAGAGACAGGUGUGGGUGCCCAGAGGAGCUGGAGUUUAAGGCUGCAGCAGCCCCAGGAGCAGCUGGUGUCGACAGCAGGGCAGACAAUCAUCCUGAGCUGCACCAUCUCUGGAGAGGGUCCCCCUGGCCCUGUGAAGUGGCUGAAGGGCUGGGGCACUGAGAACAAGACCAUUUAUGCUCAGACCAGCUCCAGUCCUCGUGUGACCAGGGUGGUGAAUGAAUCCAACACGGACUUCAGCAUCCAGAUCAGGGAUGUUCAGCCUGAGGAUGCUGGCACCUACUACUGCAUCAAGUUUGUGAAAUUCCUAUUCGGACCUGAUAUUGUCUUCCAGCAUGGAAAGGGAACAGUGGUGUCUGUACAUGCCAAACCCACCCAGCCAGUCGUGUCCGGGCCCGGCCGCAGGGCAGGCACAGGGGCAUCAGUGUCCUUCACCUGUGAGUCUGGAGGCUUCUUCCCCAAAGACAUCAGCGUGAGGUGGCUCAAGAACCAGGCUCCCAUCUCAGCUCAGCAGCCCCGGGUCAGGCCUGGGCAGACCAACUCCUCCUACACCAUGUCCAGCACAGUGACCUUGGCACUGGUGCCACAGGACGUCCGCUCGCAGCUGGCCUGUGAGGUGCAGCACCCAACGCUGCCAGCCCCCCUGAGGGGCACCUACCAGCUGAGGGAAGCCCUGCGAGUGGCCCCCAGCCUCCGCCUGCUCCCUGGCUCCAGCUCCGUGGAAGUCAACAAGACCUUGACCCUCACCUGCCGCGUGGAAGGCUUCUACCCGCGGGACCUGGCCCUGAGCUGGCUGGAGGGCGGCAGGGAGCUGCGGGUGGAGAACACCUCCCGGGCGGUGCAGACGCCGCAGGGCUUGUUCCAGCUGAGCAGCCUGCUGGAGGUGCAGGCGACGGAGGACAGGAAUGGGUCAGCCUUCACCUGCCGGGUGGUGCACGACGGCCAGGACCCCAUCAGCAGCACAGUCACCCUCUGGGUCGCUGUGCCAGGCAAGGAGGGGCUGGGUGAGCAGCGCCCAGCAGACAGUGGUCUGACCCUCCUGGCCAGCCCCGGCCUAUGGUUUGUCAUCCUGCUGGAGAAGGGGCUCCUGGGCGGCCUCCUUAUCUUCGUCUUCGGGCGCAUCAUGACAUGA